CUUUUCUCCAUCACUCACUUGUGCAUCAACAAGCAUAGACCACUGCAAUCGAGUGCAUCGGGACGCCCGAGCAUUCAUGGGCUGGAAACAUGUCUGAGAUCAAAGACGAGAUCAAGGACGAAGCGCCUUCUCCCGCCGACGCGGCGCGGGCCGUCAAGCUCGAGGCCGCGUCGAGCGGCAGCGCAGCAAGUCGCGAGAGACCGCCCACGCCGCCGCUUCCCGAGUCGUCGCGGUCCGGCUCGCCCGUCAAGCGGUCGCGAUCAGCCUCGCCGCCCGAGUUUCGCUGGGGCACCGAGUCGCCCGAGCCCGAGCGAAAACCUCUCCCUCCGCUCGAGCUAGACGACGAGGAGGACCACAAGCCUGGCGAGUCGAGCCGCCAGGCGAGCUCGAGCGCCGUGAGCACGCCAGGCGGCGGCGGGCGCGGCGGACGGCGGCGCGAACGCACCCCGCCCCCGCCGCCGCGGCUGAUCGACGAUCUGCCCGACGCGUGGGACGACGCGCACGCGACGUUCGAGGACCUCGAGCGCUGCGUGUACGAGCGCAAAGACCUCGGCCUGAGCCGCGAACAGGACGAGAUGAUGGUCUGCGACUGUGUUUAUGAUCCCGCAUGCGGGCCUGACUCGGGAUGCAUCAACCGCGCAAUCUUUAUAGAGUGUCUGGCGGGCGAGUGUCGCGCAGGCAAGCACUGCCAGAACCAGAGGGUGGACAUUGUGCAGACGGAGAAGAAGGGUUUCGGGUUGCGCGCAGCAACAUUUAUACCAGCCGGCGCACUCAUCUACGAGUACAUCGGCGAAGUGGUCAUUGAGAAGACGUUCCGCAAGCGCAUGGCGGACUACGCAGAGGAGGGCAUCAAGCACUUCUACUUUAUGAUGCUCCAGAAGGAGGAGUACAUCGACGCGACCAAGAAGGGCGGCAUCGGGCGCUUUGCAAACCACUCGUGCAACCCCAACUGUGAGGUGCAGAAGUGGGUCGUGGGCCGCCGUAUGCGCAUGGGCAUCUUCACAAAGCGGGACGUGCUAAAGGGGGAGGAGGUGACCUUCAACUACAAUGUUGACCGCUAUGGCCACGAGGCGCAAAUAUGCUACUGCGGCGAGCCCAACUGUGUUGGGUUUAUCGGUGGCAAGACGCAGACAGACGUCGGCGGCAUCGACGACCUCUUCCUCGAUGCCCUCGGUAUUCUCGACGAGGUUGUGGCACAGGGCAUGAAGGGCAGUCGGAAGAAGAAGGCCAGGCAACUGGACGAGGACUACGUGCCCGUCCUGCAUCCCAUGCAGGAGAACGACGUGCCCAAGGUCGCUGCGGCGAUGCGGCAGUCGAUGGAGAACCCGCGCAUGAUGGGCCGCCUGCUCGAGCGUGUCAAGAUGACCGACGAACCCGUGGUCCAGCGACAGCUGAUGCGGAUGCACGGCUUCAGUCUCAUGACCAUGAUUCUCACCGACAUGGCCGACAAUCGCGACAUUGUCCUCCUCGCACUGGAGAGCAUGGAUCGCUGGAAGUUGACGAUCCGCAACAAGGUCGAGGACUCGAACAUCCAGGAGCCUGUCAAGAUCUUGAGCGAGGGCAGCGACGCCGAGCUGGCUGGCAUCGCCAAGCACCUGCUCGAGUACUGGUCGGGCAUUGAGCUGUCGUACAAGAUCCCGCGUGUACACAAGAUUGCUUCUCUCGACACGGACGACUCGCUGUACACCACGAUUAUUGCCGAGCCCGACGCUGUGACCUACCCCCGCCAUGUGGCAAUGGACGAUCUCGUCAACACGGCGACAAUCCGAUUCGAGGUUGCCCCUGUCCGUCGUGGACCGCCACCGCCAAUACGGCACCGUCCGCCACCCCCACCACCGCCAAGGGCGCCACCUCCAUCCACUGCAGCGAGCAACAAGUCCAAGCUCGAGGCCAUCAUUGCCAUGGCGCAGCAGUCGCAGUUCAUGACAGUAUCGGCGCCGUCGUCGGACAAGUCGCCGGCUUCGGCAGGUUGGGGUUCUGGGCGCGAUGUCGGUGAAAGCUCUGAGCCUAGAAAACGGCAGAAGACUUCGCACCGCAGCGCUGCUGAGGACGAGGCGAGAAAGGAGAAGCGGCUGGCCAAGCUUGUCGGCGAGGUGGUCGUCCGCUCCAUGUCCAAGUACAAGGAGCAGAUGGAGCACGAGACGUUCAAGCGCUACGCCAAGGAGUGCACGAUGAUUCUUGUGGACAAGGAGAAGCGUGGCCACUCGUACACUGCCCAUCGUCACCCCUCGCUCUCCGAGGAGAAGAAGGCCAAGAUCAAGGCGUUCACCAAGGAGUAUGCGCACAAGGUGCUCAAGAAGCUCAAGGCCAAGGGCAAGUUGAAAGACCCUCGCAAGACAGAGUCGAGCUCGCAAACUCACUGGUCGCCCGCGAAGAACGACUCGACGCCAUCAGCCACGCCUGGAAAGAGCGCCUCUACGCCGUCGGGCAGCUUGACCCAGGACACGCCGCGCGGCGGCUCACAGAUCCUGGACGAGAUGUUCGGUGUGGAUGACAACGACGACGACUACGCCAAUGGCCACGGGGACGGCGACGACAGCAUGGACGUGGACUCUGACCGGCCCAUAACUCCGGCGGCAUCGUCACCCAUGUCGACGCCGGCCUCGGCAACGUUUGCGCCGGCCAAGGCUGUUGUGGUCGAGAGAGCCAGCGGGCCUUUCCUUCCCAGUCGCGCUGCGUCUGGACCGAUUGUGCUGGACCGCGUUGACCGCGUGUCGCUGUCGGGCUCACAGCGGCAGAGUUAGGCGCGGGGGUGGAGUUCGGAGUGGAUGACUGGAGCUCGCUGUUGAUACAACAACACCUGGGCAGUCGCAUGACAGAGCGAUUACUACAUAGCAUGCAGCUUGUGACGCGCCGG